GGGGCGGGGCGAAAGUUGCGGGCGCGGGAGCCGGCUGCCGGGGCCAUGGAACCGAGCCCCGCGGUAGCCCCCGGGCCUUCCCACUCGUUCAAGGAGGAGCUGCUCUGUGUCGUCUGCUACGACCCGUUCCGCGACGCCGUGAGUCUGCGCUGCGGCCACAACUUCUGCCGCGGCUGCGUGACCCGCUGCUGGGAGGUGCAGGUGGCGGCCACCUGUCCUGUGUGCAAGGACCGCGCGGACCCCGGCGACCUGCGCACCAACCACACCCUCAACAACCUGGUGGAGAAGCUGCUGCGCGAGGAGGCCGAGGGCGCGCGCUGGACCGGCCACCGCUCCCUGCGCCUUUGCCGACCGCACCGUGGCCAGUUCAGCCUCUUCUGCCUCGACGACAAGGAGCUGCUGUGCUGCUCGUGCCAGGCCGACCCCCGGCACCAGGGCCACCGCGUCCAGCCCGUGAAGGACACUGCCCACGACUUUCGGGCCAAGUGCAGGAACAUGGAGCACACGCUGCGGGAGAAAGCCAAGGCCUUCUGUGCCAUGCGGCGCUCCUAUGAGGCCAUCGCCAAGCACAACCAGGUGGAGGCUGCCUGGCUGGAAGGGCGAAUCCGGCAGGAGUUUGAUAAGCUUCGCGAGUUCUUGAGAGUGGAGGAGCAGGCCAUCCUCGAUGCCAUGGCCGAGGAGAUGAGGCAGAAGCAGCUUCUGGUGGAGGAGAAGAUGAAGCGGCUUGUGGAAGACACAGAGGCUCUGGCCCAUGAGAUUGAGCGGCUGCAGAUGGAGAUGAAGGAAGAUGACGUUUCUUUUCUCAUGAAACACAAGAGCCGAAAACGUCGCCUCUUCUGCACCAUGGAGCCAGAGCCCGUCCAGCCGGGCAUGCUCAUCGAUGUCUGCAAGUACCUGGACUCCCUGCAGUACCGCGUCUGGAGGAAGAUGGUCAUGUCUGUUGAGUCUGUGCCCUUCAGCUUCGAUCCCAACACGGCUGCUGGCUGGCUCUCAGUGUCCGAUGACCUCACCAGCGUCACCAACCACGGCUACCGAGUCCAGGUGGAAAACCCGGAGCGCUUCUCCUCGGCACCGUGCCUGCUGGGCUCCCGCGCCUUCUCCCAGGGCUCCCACGCCUGGGAGGUGGACCUGGGGGGGCUGCCGAGCUGGCGGGUGGGUGUGGUGCGGACGCGCCAGGACGUGGGCGCCGAAGGCCACUCGCAUGGCUGCUACCACGACACGCGCUCGGGCUUCUGGUACAUGUGCCGCACGCAGGGGGUCGAGGGGGACCACUGCGUGACCUCAGAUCCGGCCACAUCGCCCCUGGUCCCGACCAUCCCGCGCCGCCUGCGCGUGGAGCUGGAGUGCGAGGAGGGCGAGCUGUCCUUCUAUGACGCAGAGCGCCACUGCCACCUCUACACCUUCCAUGCCCGCUUCGGGGAGGUACGGCCCUACUUCUACCUGGGGGGCACGCGGGGCGAUGGCCCCCCUGAGCCUCUGCGCAUCUGCCCGCUGCGCAUCACCGUCAAGGAGGAGCUGGACGGCUGAGGCUGGCCGCCAGUCGCUGGUGGCUGCCUGGUCUUGUGCGAUGGCACGCUUUUUUUUCUGUCCCUCUUGCUAAAGCCACACUCGCCUUGGUACCUGUGUCCUGCCUGCCUUCCUGCCAGGGUCUUCCUCCGACCUAAUGUGUCCUCUCCAUGGCACUAGGCCCCAGGCUGCCUCCUUCAUUUUUGUCCCAUCUCUCCCGACAGCCGAAGGUCAUCCAGGAGACACUGCACUGGCCAGGCUCUCCCCAGAGUUGUGGCACCUUCGGGAUGUGAAUUUUCUGAAUCUUAAUUCCAAGAUUUCUAAGGAUAAUAUUUGCUUCUGGUGUGGGCCUGUUGUAAAAUGUAGGUUUUAUUGUUAUCCAGGUGUGUUGAGGCCAACAGACAGGAGCCAACUGCCAUUGAAAAGAUAGUGUGUUACUUAGGAUUCCCAAGAGGAGGGGCUGCACCAUGGGAGACCACACGGGGAAGUGCUAGGGGCCAUCAGGAGGCAGAGGAAGGGAGGGGAAAGCUGGGCCGCAGACUUUGUUGUGGUUUUCCCAGGAAGGAGCAGGCGAGGCAGGGUGCAGGGUACACAGGUUUAGGGUCAGCAAGUUUAAAUAAUUUUGGUGGUCUCUGGGGCAUAGGGGCUGGCCCUAGUUGUCUGAUGCCCGGCCCUGGGAUGAGUAGGAUGGGGAUGUUGGCCUGGAGUGUGCAAGCCCUGUGAGAGCCGAUGAAGGAGGCUAGGGGGUGUGAGGGAUUGGUUGGUUUGAUUUGAAAGGCGCGCUCACAGAGGACUCAUUUGCUGGCUCCAGGAGUUAGCUAGCCCUGGGAGGGGUAGUUUCCUCUUGGUCAAUGGGGCCACAGAUGCCAGAGCAUCACGAAUAUAGAAAAUAGGAAAAUAGAGUUAAUAUAGGGCCGCUGCUGUGGCUUCGGGGCAGGACCCAGGGCCAAGCUUGUCUCUCACCUUGCACCAGUAUUUUAAAACUCCACAGAGGCUCCUGGGGGCCCCACAGGGCGGAGGCAGGCUGUCCUUCCACUCGGCUCUGAUUUAUCUAUUUAUGCUUCUUAAACGAUUUCACUUAAAAACACAAUUUUAAAAACCAUGGUUUAGACCUGUUCCCUCUCUGGGUCUCAGUUUCCUCGUUUGUAUAUGAGAUAGUAGGGCUGGAAAAUGAUAUCCGUCUAAUUGCUGUGGAGAAAAUUCCUGAUCCACUCUUAUAAAGGCAUGAGAAGGGAAGGAAAGAGGGGCCCUUUUCCAGUUGUGGGGGAAGGAAGGGAACACAGUCUGGGGUCCAGGGGUGGUGCCAGGAGAAGAUGCUCGUGCUCUCGGCCUUCCCUCCCCUCUUGUCUUUGCCGACCUGCGCCUGCUCAAGCCUGCUCAUUCUCGCUCUGCUGCCUUUUGCGUUUUCAUCCUGAUUUCUCCCUCCACCGUGCCUCCAGACUUGUCCUCCACCUUUUCUUCUCUGCACAUGCUACAGAUAGUUUUCAACUGUCCACUUGUCAUGUCCUGGGAACAGUGUGGUGAAAGGAACUGUGUUCCUGUAGGAGCAGUGUUCUAAUCAGGGACACAUUCCUGACCAAGGACUCACAUCCUUUCUCCUGCCUGUGCCCCCUGUUCACAGAAAUGGACAUUUUAAACAGAAAUGAUGAAUCAGGGCUAUAAAUUAGUUAUAAAUGUCAUGUGUACAUUGCUGGGGCCGUGGGGAAGUGCUCAUACUCAAAAAAGCUUCAGGCACUUUGGAGCCAAACACACCUCUGGCCAGUGUGCACUCUCUGUGAUAAAGUAUUUAUCUAACCAUCCAAUAUAAUUUCUAUAUGCAUAAUCUUGACCUGAAAUUAUUUUGUUAGUUAUAAUAAACUUUUAAAAAUGUUUUUUAUUUCCACCUUAGAUGUUGGAGGAGUUUUUCUUACAGGAUAAUUUGGAUAGCCUAGGCCACUUUUGACAAAAAUAAAAAUGAUAUUUGAGCUAAA